GCACAAGUAACCUACUAAGUUGUAAACUUCUAAACCCGUAGACUUGGUAGAAGACUCCAAGUGACUUGCCUCUGCUCUAGCAUGAUUUCAGGGUAUCUUGGUGCCUUGUUGAAUCAGAAAUGCUUGCAGCAAGGUGUUCAGAGGUGUGCUGCAACAUUCGUGAGAAAAUCCACAAAUGAUGUCAUGAAAUACGAAUGGAAGAAACAUUUCCGAAUAGCGAAUACACGGUGUUACUUUCCCCGGGCUCAUGAAGGGAGGAGACUAAAGGUGCACGGCUGGGAUGUUAGGAUGAGUACAGAAGCUGGAAGGAAAGUGCUUAUGAGUAGAAUAUUGAAAGGGCGUCAUGUUCUGUCCCAUUGAAUAAUCAGUUGGUAAUGUGUAGUUAAUUUUUAUAAAUAAAAUAUUUCUUAUAAGUUCUUCCUUAUUGAAGUACUUUUAUUUGGAUAAAACAGUACUUCCAAUCUGAUCCCAUCCGUAUCAAUUAGCAUAUUUAUGGUAUCGAGGUAAAAUAAAUAAAAAUUUUUGAUCAUGCUAAAGCAUAUAUUAUUUUUCUCAUAUCUUCACUUGUUAACAAGUAACAAUUUUUCCUCUCUCUUGUAAAUAACAAUUUUUUUCUACAUACAUGUUUUAUAAACAUUUGAUCCAAUGCAAAGCCCUCUAAAAGGACUGACAGUUAUAGAAAUUCAACAUCUCUUAUAACUUGCCUACAAAAAUAAAUGAAUUGUCUUUCCAUUAAGGUAAGUAUGUAAAAUAAAUAAAAUGCACUGUGUACACAUUGAUUGCCCUACCCAGAGGACUUAAAAUGCACAAACAGACCAAUGGUUAAUAAUGAUAAUAGAAAACAAUAUUGUCCAAUAUAGAAAAUGACAAAUUUUCAUGUUUUUCGGUAAUCGUAAAUAGUUUGAAUUUAAAAGUUUAAGUGCUCCUUUGGCCACCUUAAGAUAAAUUUGUCUAUAAAUUAUUUCAUUCACACUAUACAUACAUAUUCAUUGAUAUUUAAAAUGGACACAAGUGAUAAUCUACUUUAAAAACAAUUUUAAUUAACGAAUAACAUUUCAGUCCUCCAAUAUUCUCUAGGACUCGAGGUAUUUCUGCAUUGCAGUGAAUAAAGGCCGACACUCAUUUUAAAAAAUGGUUUUCAUUGAAUAAAUCCACCAAAAGGCACAAUCUCUGAAGUCGUUUACAUACAACUAUUCAAAUAGAAUUUAGCCUUUCUCUUACAAACUAAUAAUUGAUAUUAUGUACAAUGUCGUUUU